GUUGAUAAAUAAAAUAAUUUUCUCUUUCUUCCAGGUAUGCUACCGGUAAGAUGGAUGGCACCAGAGUCCUUGGGACUAGGUAUCUUCACUCCAGCUUCGGAUGUUUGGUCCUAUGGCGUUCUUUUGUACGAGAUUAUCACGUUCGGUAGCUUCCCUUUCCAGGGUAUGAGCAACACCGAAGUACUGAACCAUGUUAAGAGUGGAAAUUCGUUGAUGGUUCCUAAAGGAGUGAAGUUACAAUUAGAAAACUUGAUGUACUCUUGUUGGAGACCAGAUCACGUAAAGAGGCCAACUGCUCCGGAGAUCGUCGAGUUUCUAGCGACGAAUCCUCGAAUUUUAUCUCCGUGUUUAGACGUUCCUUUGGCCAGUGUGCAAAUCGAGCAUACUGGACAAUUAGAUAUAGAGUUACCAGAGAAUUUGAGGAAGUUUUCAUUGUCGUGGCCACCUCAGAAUUCCACGACUCGAUCCACAUCUACGUCCAGCCCUUUCGGUAUACCGUAUCCUCCUUUGCUAGACAUCAACGAUCACGACGAUAAGCCGAUUCAAAACUCGAUUGUAGGCAAUGGAAUCGCCGAUAUAGAGAGUUCCAGGCCACUUUUGAAGGCUAACGAAUCUUUGUCUGGUUUACCUAUGAUUCUUCAAAGUUUCAAGCAGAAAGAGGACUCACCGCAUAAAUACGUGAACAUACAGCCGGGAAUAUCGAAUAAUUGCGAUUAUUCGAGCGAUCAGAACGGUGGUGGCAUUCAAAUGGAGGAAAGAAGGGCUAUAUUGCCGGAAAAUAGAAAGUCGGAGGACGUGUCGAUUCUUUGACAGCAAAACAAACAUGCGAUUUCGCGGCAAAAAUCAAUGGUGCAUUUCUAUAAGCACGCCGAAGGCAUAUUUGGAAAAUAUGCAAAAAGAUCUUACAGAAAGACCAGCGUUUAGAUCACUUUGUGACCUAAUUUUGUUGGUCGGAUUCACGUGUUUCCGAACGUUGAAAACGGACGUUUUUACAAGCGUGGAUUCUUCGCUAUAUGUUUGCGAAGUGAGGAGAUAUGCAACGUGUUUAAUUGAUACAUUGGGGAUUAAAAUCUUAUCGAUUUAACUAUGAUGAAGAGAGAUUUACAAUAGAUACGAUCAAGAGAGAUUUACAAUAGAUAUUGCAGCAAUGAAAACGGAAAACAAUAUCAGUUGCAACGAGCGGAAAUGACUUUUCGAAUGCAGAUAAGCGAAAUGAUUCCCUAGAUUUUCGCUCAAUCCAUUUUUGAGACUGAUAAAUGUAAAAAAAAAAAAAA